UUUCCCAUCAAAUUAAUCAAACCAAUAACGAACUCAGAAACAAACACACACAAACAUAGAUCUCACAUCUCAUUGACUCAUACCCUAUGGCUUCCUUACAAGUUUCAUCUUUGUUUUCUUCUUUUUCUUCAUCAUCUUCUUCUUCAGAAAGAACCAAAUCCUCUAUCCAUUUCUCAAAACUCCCUAGAGCUUAUCUUUCCUUUGCUCCAAAACCAAGACCAAGCAGAAAGCUCUUUGAGGAAUUGAAUGGCUUCACUCACACAAUCCCAAUUGUCCAAGAAGAUGCAUGCAAUUCCUCCAACUCAAAGGCUACUACUAAACUCUAUGUAAUUCUAGAAGCAGUAGCUGACAGAAUUGAGAUGCAUCACAACAUUGGUGAGCAACGUGACAACUGGAACACCCUUCUCUUAAACUCCAUCAACAUGAUCACCCUCACUGCUACCGCCAUGGCCGGUAUAGCAGCCGCAAGUGGCACUGGCGCGCCACUCCUGGCUCUGAAGCUAUCGUCCAUGCUCUUGUUCUCUGCCUCCACAGGGAUGCUGAUUGUGAUGAACAAAAUCCAGCCCUCACAGCUCGCGGAGGAGCAGCGAAAUGCUACAAGGUUAUUUAAGCAGCUUAAGUCCCACAUUGAAACUGUAAUCGCCCUUGGAAAUCCCAAUGAGGAAGAUGUGAAGGAUGCAAUGGAGAAGGUUUUGGCUCUUGACAAAGCCUAUCCACUUCCUUUGUUAGGAGCAAUGCUUGAUAAAUUCCCUGCAAAAUAUGAGCCUGCUGUUUGGUGGCCUUCAAAAUCAAAAUCAUCUACAAGGAAAAGCAAGUUCCAAUUUGAUGGAAAGAAGAAGAAUGGGUGGAAUGAGGGAUUAGAAUCAGAGCUAAAAGAGGUGAUGGAAGUUGUAAAGAGAAAGGACAUGGAGGACUAUGAAAGAUUAGGUAGCUUGGUCUUGAAGAUAAAUAAGACUCUUGCAAUUGCAGGUCCUUUGCUCACUGGCAUUGCAGCUGUGGGUUCUGCAUUUGUGAGCCAAGGUUCAUGGGUAGCAUUGGUGCCGGUUAUGGCGGGAGCAUUAGCCACUGCUGUCAACACUUUUGAGCAUGGUGGGCAAGUAGGGAUGGUAUCUGAAAUGUACAGAAGCUGUGGUGGCUUCUUCCAAAAUCUAGAAAAUUCGAUUCAAGAGACAAUUGAGGAAGAUGAGGACCAAAGAGAAAAUGGGGAGUUGUUUGAAAUGAAGCUAGCUUUGAAAUUGGGAAGAAGCUUGUCCCAGCUCAGAGAUCUUGCAAGAAAAUCAGCCUAUUCUCGUGUAGAGGGAACUACUGUUGAUGAAUUUGCAAGCAAGCUUUUCUAAGCUUUGAUGUAAUUAAAAUCUAACAAUUCUUUGAUUCAAUUUUAAGUUAACUAUUCAUCUUCGCAAGUUAA